GGAAUUUCAAAGAGGAACAGGCAAGAGUCACGUCGUCCGUCUAUUUGCGUAAUAAAGCGUUGAAUAUGUGUUCUCACAUGCUAGAUUAAAGUAUUGAUAGCAUCGCGGACCACUCGAGAGAGAACUUACUGUAUGAAACUGCAAACAUGCGAGAGACGGAAACCUUCGUACUUGGAAAGGAUAUUGUCAUCGUGCCACCAGAAAGAACUUGGACACCAAAGUCGUGCAAGCAACCUUGUUUCGUAAAUUGACAUUGAACGUCCGUCGAGAUAAAAGUAUGACCUUUCGAACGCAACACACACACAGGACCAAAUGGCUGCGUACCCCAUAAUUCCAUUCUGUACGAAAAUGUGUAACAUAGGCAGUGACCAAGACCAAUCACUUUCACUGAAAUUCGCACGUUAGUAAAGUCUUCGAGUACUAGAGGAAUCAGCACUAUAGUUAUAGCACAGAAAUGGCAGCAGCUGCUACCGUAGCGGCAUCGUCCAGUAUGGCGACGGCUUCGUCUCCUGAGGCGCCCGUGGUCGUCUCGACAGCGCAACCAUCUGCAACCGCGGGUGCUGCCGCAAUGCAGCCCGCUUCGACGACAGCAGCACAGGGUUCGACCACUACGGUGGUCUCCUCUGGAACAACUUCUGCCCAUAACAGCCACUUGACCAGCAUGUCCGAAUACGAGCGGUAUGCGAACAUGCUGACCAAGCAGGCGCAGACCUUCCGGGACGGGAACGCAAGGUGUAGUCAGGAGCUGUUGCGACAAGGAGAGGACGCAUUAUUGCUGUUGAAAGCCGAGAAAAGAAGGGAACAAGCGUCGUUCACUUUUCAACCGCGAAUCUUCAUGCCGUACCAGAUAGGAAAAUAUGACGCGUCCGCUGCGAAAGCGGCACGGAAACUCGAGGAAGAAGCGAAGGAGAAGAAGCGUCUAGCGGCGCCCCCGGUGGGGCUGAAAUUGCCCGAUCCAACGAUCAACACGGCGCCCUUGCAAAAGAGAAAAACCUACAAUCCGUCGAACGCGACGGUGACCGAGCAGAACAGAAGGCGGCUGCAGAUGCACGCAGACAUGUUGAACGCUGGAAGUGCGAGCUCUCGAACGGUGGUAAUCUCCGCCCAAUCAUCUAAUGCGCCAACGCCCAACACGACUCCCAGUAGUGCGACUGCAAGUACAAGUUCGUCUUUUCCGGUGUCCAAACUCGCGUUUCCGACGGUGGUGUCCUCCUCGUCCUCAACACAGGCCGGGCCACAGCGAGCGAGGCUGUCUACGAUCCUCGAAACUCGGGCGAUGUCGCCGCCUCCAAGUGCACAUUUGGCAGGGGCGGUCGCAACAAAUACCAUCGGGGCGGGAGGAGCGUCAUCGCUGACCAUUACGACGACGCCGUCCUCUGGGCCAAUCACUUCUGGGAGCAAGACCUCCUCGUGUUCGUCAGGAGGCGGUCCUGCUACAAGUUCUGUCGUCACAACCCGACAACAUGUGCUCAUGGAUCCCGCUCUUCAGCGGGGGCGCGCGCCGUUUUCUGCCCACCAAAACGUCGGCGUGCGAUUUCAGAGCCCACCGGAAACAGGAUCUCGCGUUUCCUCGAAUUCCCUACCGCGACGAGCAGUCGGCGUCCGGCAGCUGAUGGCUUCGCAGAUCAAAAACGCGGGGGUAACGAUUUCCUACAAGGUGCCGCUCCCGAUUUGCAACCUUUCUCCCGACUCAGCAAGCAGCAAUCUACCCACUGGUAACUUCAUCGUUUCGAAAACAACACGGCGCGUGGUCCGUCGCGCCGGCGCGCCGCCCGAGGGCGAGACCUCAUCGCCGACGCGGUUCAUUCCGGCGAGUCGAGGGCGUGACACGCAUCCAAAUCCCCCACCGUCGCCUACGGGGACGAGAAUUCAACACGGGGACAGGUCACCAACAACGGUGGUGCGGUUAGGAGAUCACGGAGUACAACAACCCGGCAGGCAGAGCACCGUUUUCAAACCAAUAUCACCCGCCUCUGCCGGCCAAAUAACUUCUACUUCUACUAGCGUACUCGCUGCCUCCUCUCUACUACCUUCGCAGAACGCCAAGGACCUCUACGUCGAAAAAAUCGGUGGGCAGGAACUGCAACAUCCGGCAAUCGAAAGUUCCGCUGCUUCGAGUACCACCGUGACUAAUGAUCAGGAACACCACCACCAGAUCGAAGUGGUGGAGGACAGAGGCCCAGACGUGUACUUGUCGGAGCAUCUCCUCCGCCAGUACUUCCAGGAACUGCGGGAGGAAACCGACUCUAACACCGUCACUUCGACGUCCGAAGUCGCGGAUUUCUACCUGGACAUCGUCAGUAACGCGACCAGUGGACACGACAGUGGUUCCGCUUCUUCCGCCGUGGAGUCCGCCCGGGGCCUGAUGUUUGCGACAAACCGAACCACCACACGGUACCACUACCGGCGAGGCCGCGCCAGGCGACGGCAACGCCACAGACACGGCUCAACGUCGGGGACCUGUGGAACCGGGUCGUCGAGAUCGCACUCCGUGCCGCUCGAUAAGCACCAGUCGAAGGAUCUGGAAUGGCUGGACGGGUUGGAACAGCCCCUGCAUCUCGCGGAGCUACCAGAGGAGAUUCUGUUCCUGAUCUUCGACUACCUGUCCCACAAGGAGAAGUUCUACGUCUGUAUCGCGUCCAGCCGGCAGCUCCCGCACGUCUGGGGCGUGGUGCUGGUCUUCUUCAGCAAGGCGCUGCAGGGAUUGCAGCAGCAGUGCGAGGAGCAGGGGGUCCUCACCGAUAUCGCAUCCACGAAGCAAACCGACGCGCAGCAGGAGUGGCAGGAAGCGAUCGCGACGCGGAGGAUGAUGUGCGAGGAUGUGCGCCGGUUCGACAGGAACACGGCCCGAUUUGAGCUGGACUUGGCGGAAUUACUGGAUGUCGAGAACGAGCGCAUGGCAAAGUUCCAGGCUGCCGUGCAGGUGCUGGCGGAAGUGAUGAACCGCUGGUCUACGAUGUGCCGCGAACGCGACGAGACGGCCCGCAUGUGCUCCGGGUUUCACGCCGCGAUUGCAGUCACGUUUGCGAUGUGAAGUGUGAGCGUGGCAUCGCGUCAGGUGUCUUUGCGUGGAAGAUUGAUACGACUAAAAGUAAAAGUAACCUAAAACUAUGUAAAAAUCACAGAACUCGUCGUCGUCGCUGAGGUAGAGCGAUACAACAUCAAGAUGUGUUACAAAGUCAAUGUACUUGACUGUGACUACACAAUCAAUGUACUUGAUAGAUCAUGUGUCACAAAAUCAAUUUUUUUGUUUUGAAAAUUUUGCCAACGUCAAAUAUGAAGUCUCGUCAUCUACCCUUUUGGAAUGAACAAAACACGACGUGUGCAAUUGAGCAUGAAGAAUGUAUGAACCCCUGGUGGCGCUCAGUUUGUUUCUGUUUCGAUCUGCUAUGAACUCAACGCACUACAGCACGAUAAAAUGAAAAUUCUGUGCGCAAAAGAGCUUUGGUCAUAGUCGUGAACUUUUCCACAACCCCAGUCCGCAUUUUGUUUGCGUUUACAACAACUAUCUUCGCUCCUUCUACCCUCCCGUUUAUGAGGUUUUCUUUUCCGCUAGAGAAGGCCGCUUGGUGCACCAUUGAUUCGAAGAACUUUUUUACUUUUGGAAUGAAUUUUCUGAGUCCGAUUACUUUUCUUUUUCGAAUUUCGGAAGAUAUGAAUGUUUUUCU